UGAUGAAGAGAGGCUAGGGGAACAAAUCACCAAUGGCGGAGUGGUAGGGAGCCCGACCGACCCAUUGACAAAAAGAAAGGUCAGGAAGAAACCCAGUCAAACCCUCGCCAAACACGCUCUCCCAUUUUAUAUUCACCGGUUGGUUCUGUCUAUAUAAUCUGAGACACUGCCCUUCGUGCCUGUUUGCACCGCCCUCAUGGCUUCCUCCACCGUCUCCAUGCCCAAGCAGCAUCUGGCCCUGCGGAACCCCCGGCCAUGCCGGCCUCGCCCCGGGAUGUCUGUCGCCGCGCCCCGGCGGACGCCGUCGGCCGCCCCGGUGCUCCGGUCUCGGCCGGACAGGGCACGGGAGGCGACGAGCCGCCUGGCUAGCGUGUGGAGGAAGAUCCAGGGCGCCGACGACUGGAACGACCUCGUCCAGCCGCUGAGCCCGUUGCUGCGCGAGGAGAUCGUCCGGUACGGGGAGUUCGUCAUGGCGUGCUACAAGGCGUUCGACCUCGACCCGGCGUCGCAGCGCUACCUGAGUUGCAAGUACGGGAAGCGCCGCAUGCUGGAGGAGGUGGGGUUGGAGUCGUCCGGAUACGAGAUCACCAAGUACAUCUACGCGACGCCGGACAUCAGCAUCCCCAUGCAGCACGGCACCUGCUGUGGCCGGUGGAUCGGGUACGUUGCGGUGUCGUCGGACGAGGAGGUGAGGCGGCUGGGGCGGCGGGACGUGCUGGUGACCUUCCGGGGGACCGUCACCAGCACCGAGUGGAUCGCCAACUUCAUGAGCUCGCUGAGGCCGGCGAACCUGGACCCGCACGACCCCCGGAUCGACGUGAAGGUCGAGUCGGGGUUCCUCAGCCUGUACACCUCCGACGACAGCACCUGUAGGUUCGGCCAAGGGAGCUGCCGGGAGCAGUUGCUCGGGGAAGUGUCCCGGCUCAUCAACAAGUACCAGGACGAGGAGAUGAGCAUCACAUUGGCCGGACACAGCAUGGGGAGCGCCCUCGCCCUCCUCUCCGGGUACGACCUCGCCGAGCUCGGCGUCAACCGGUUCCAGCGGCAGCGGGAGAUACCGAUCACGGUGUACUCGUUCGGAGGGCCGAGGGUCGGCAACACCGGCUUCAAGGAGAGGUGCGAAGAGCUCGGAGUGAAGGUCUUGAGGGUGGUGAACGUCCAUGAUCCGGUCACCAAGCUGCCCGGCCUGUUCAUGAACGAGCACUUCCGGGCUCUCGGCGAGACCUAUCAGCUCCCAUGGAGCUGCUCCUGCUACGCUCACGUUGGAGUCGAGCUCGCCCUCGACUUCUUCAAGAUGCAAAACCCUGCGUGUGUUCAUGACCUGGGGACAUACAUAGGGCUACUCAAGUGCCCCAAGAUGGUUCAAGUCCACAAGGAGGGCAUGGUGGAUCUGCUGGCAAAGGCAAAGAUGACUUUCAGGAAGCACAAGUUACAGGGAUGGCCAUGGCAAGAUGCAGCAAUGCAAGUGGGGAAUCUGGUGCAAACUCUGGGACUAAUUUGAGGCCCAAUUCUGUGUUGUGGAUGGGGGGAGUAGAUGAUCCAUUAAUCCCUCAUAAUUUUUGU